AUGUUGGCUGCCGACCAGCUUCCUUUAGGAAUUAACGCCUCAGAAUCUCCGAUUCAGGAUGAUACGGGCAAAGCAACUUUCUUGACAACUCAACUGAUAUUCGCAACUGCUAUAGGCGUAACUUCCUUUUUGCUAUUUUGUCUCCUUCGAACUCGCUGGAGCACAAUGUUUGCACCGAGGAGCCGUUUACGAUUAGAAGGACUUGCCCCCCAAUCUCUCCCUGAUUCGUUUUUUUGGUGGAUCGUUACAUUGUUCAAAAUACCCGAAUCUGAGGUUUUGGAUCUCGUAGGCUUGGAUGCUGCUGUACUCUUAUCAUUCUUUGUAAUGUCAUACAGAUUAUUUGCAGUUUGCAGUUUUUUCGGACUUGUUGUACUUUCUCCAAUAAAGUUGACUGGUUACAUGCCUGGUAACUAUAGCAAAAACCCGCAAGAUGAUAAUCCAAUAGGAAUUCCUGAAAAUGAUCAAUUAGAAUCUUAUGGAAUUCUGUUAUCAUAUGCUAUAUUCACUUGGGUUUUCUCAUUUGCAACGUUUUAUUUCACGUAUGAAAAUUAUCGUGAAUUUUCAAUAAUGCGACAUCGUUAUUACUGCAAAUGGAAAAAUACUAUUAGUGCGAGAACUGUGAUGGUAACCGUACUACCAAAAAAUUUACAAGAAGAGCCUGCGCUCGCUAAAUUUUAUGAUUCAUUAGGUCUGGGUACGGUUGAAAGUGUAGUUGUUUACAAGAAUGUACGAAAGUUAAGGCACGCACUUGAAAAGCGCACGUAUUAUUUAAGAGAGCUUGAAAGGUCCUACCGAGAAUAUUUGGGAAAUCCUUGUGAUUAUCCUGAUUAUGAUCCUAUUGAGGCACUCAAUGAAUUCGAACUAAAUAAAAAAAUUACGGUUCUUCCAAAUAUUCAUAGAAAACGUCCAACAAUUCGGACUGGUUGUUUAUAUUUAUUCGGCAAAAAAGUUGAUAAAAUUGAUUAUUAUACGGAUCUAUUCAAAUCUUAUGAUGAGUUGGUUGAACAAGGUAGACAUGGAAAGUAUAAGCCUACGUCAGUCGGAUUUGUGACUUUUGAAAAUAUUACUAGCGCGCAACUAGCCGCGCAAGUUCUCAUUUAUGAUGAACCAUUUCAAUGCCACACUACAAUGGCGCCUGAACCUUGGGAUGUAUACUGGCACAACGUUAUCAUUCGUAAAAGAGAAAAGCUCAUUCGUACUGUAAUAGUAAAUCUUGUGAUUAUUUUGAUGGUAUCUUCCUGGGGUUUGGCUACUUUACGUAUAGCUUCGCUAUUGCGAUUAUCAACUCUGGAUAAAGUAUUCCCAUGGUUGGCAAAUUUGGCUAAAAGGAACAAAUUUUUGAAAUGGUUUAUUCAAAGUACGCUUCCGCCCAUUGCACUUACCGCAUUAAAUAAUAUAUUGCCACCCAAAUUAAUGUCUUACUUAUCUAGUAUUCAAGGAUUUUAUACUCGUAGUACAAUCGAACUCUCUACAUUUGCAAAAUAUUUUUUUUUCUUAAUCUUGACCCUAUUUGAAAUACCUUUUGCAAGAGCACUAUUAGAAGAUAUCUUUGAAAAUCCCAAAGACAUUGCAGAUCAACUCGCGAAAACUUUACCAGGAUCUGCCCCUUUGUUCAUUAACUUAGUUGUCCUUCAAGGAAUUGGAUUGUUUCCAGUUCAUUUAUUACAAAUGGGCGAGAUUACUUUUACCUUGUUUAUGCGUAUAUUCGUUGCAAAAACUCCAAGAGAAUAUGCUGAAGCUAGUGCUCCUCCAUUUUUGGAUUAUG